AAUGCCAGCGUGGGUUCAGUUCCUGAAUCUGCUGUGCGCACCAAUCAAAUGUCCCCCAUGACCUGAGGCAUGGUAACCCUCAGGUUAAAGCAGACCCAGUCAGUGCAGGACUAUGACAGCUUUACCUUGUUGUUUACUUUGAGAAAGUGAGGACUGCAGAUCAGAGCUGGGAAGGGCUUAUGCCCGAAACGUCGAUUCUCCUGCUCCUUGGAUGCUGCCUGACCUGCUGCGCUUUUCCAGCAACACAUUUUCAGCUCCUCAACAACCACCCCAACUUUCCCAAACUAAUGCCAAGAAGUUGAGGCAGUGGAAGGGAAGACUUGCAUUUGUAUAGCACCGGGUCGUCACAAAUCACUUCAGAGCCAAGGCGGUCCUUUUCAGGUGUUCUCACGUUUGUGGCGUAUCUGCAGCGAGAUGUUGACCGAAGAAUCUGCUGCUGGGGGUGGGGGGGGAAGAAGGUGUUGGCCAGGGGACAGAGGUAAGCACCCCCCCGGGUUUUCAGCCAGCGCCAGGGGCUGCGGCCCAUCAGAAGUGGUACAGUAGCCGCUGCAGGGCUGCUCUCCCUGGGGCUCGAACUCCCGGAGUGAGAGGGAAGAGUUCAGAGGCUUCGGCUGACACCUGGUGCUGGAAGGGCGGAACCCUGUGUGAUCAGAGAGCGGCUGGGACGCGGCAGGAGGCUACAGAAAGGCACCCGGCGAGGGUGCUGGGCUCAACGCCACUUCCCGGGGUCUGCCAGCAACUUUGCAAAUCCCUGGGUGUAGGGGGUUAGGGGGGAAUGAAGGGACCGAGAGGCUGCGGGUCUCUCUCGCUCUGAGAGAGGAAGCCAGCAGUGCAGGUGUAGCAGAGAGAGCCAGUGUAAUCUGAUGGCGUUUAAACAUUAAACAUCCCGCAUUGAGCCAUCAAACUUCGGUCCAUUCAUGUGAUAAGAGGUUGCUUUAUAACCAGACUGUACCUCAACCUUCCGGAUUCAUAAACGUCUCAGACAGCAGAGGUCUAACAUGAAGGAACAGAACGGUAUUGAGGACACAAAGGCAUUAUCUCCCACUAUUCCUGUUUGGCAAGGAUUGACCUGGUGCACAACUGAUUAUGAAACAAGGGCAAACAUUCCACAGGGUCUCAGCAGUGGUGAGUAUUUCCACCACUGGCAAACACAAGAUUGUAACACAGUGAUGGUGCCAUCGGGACAUGGUUCAUCUGUAAUAAGGAAAUUUACUUUUAAUCCAAAGGAAGGGAUCGAUAAUCCUGCCUUGGUCAUUUGUGACGACGUGGAAUUGUCAAUCUCACUCAAGCCCAGAGUCUGUGUUUUGAAUAAGAAGGAUAAGGAAGUGUUUGGUUUCUACUUGCGAGAGGAGAAUGGGAAGCUGGGACAUAUCAUCAGGAAUGUGAAGCCAGGCAGCUAUGCUCAGUACGCUGGGCUCUUUGAUGCUGACAGGGUAUUAGAGGUAAAUGGGGAGUACGUGGACAACACCGAACAUUUCAAGGUGGUAGAGAAAAUAAGGCUGAGUGGGAACAAAGUCACCUUUCUGGUUGUUGAUGGGACUACCUAUGAAGAUGCAAAAAUGAGGAAUCUGAACGUUGCAGAGCUUAUACAGUCUGAUAUCCAGGCCCCUUGUGACAAACCACGAAUGUGUUAUGUGGAAAGAGGCCCAAAUGGGUUUGGCUUUGAACUGUGCUCUUCCCAAGGUGCCAAGGCUCCAUUUACAUUGAGCGCCCAUUCCAAAGGACCUGCAGAGAAAGGUGGAGUGAAGUCAGAGGACACACUGAUUGAGGUUAAUGGAGUCAACGUGGAAGAUUGCACCUAUCUACAAGUCGAGAAACUGAUGAAACAAAGUGGAGACUCAGUAACUUUAUUGGUGGCUGAUCAGAGGACACAUGCUUACUAUCAAUCCAAAGGCAUCAGGAUUAUUCCAGCUAUGGCCUGCUUCAAACACUUGCCAUUCAAGCCACGAAAAUUGUAUUUGGUGAAAGGAAGUUGUGGCUAUGGAUUCCUGUUGAAAACCGAGAGAAAACUGUCAGGGACGUAUGCUCAGUCUUUGUGGGAAGUGGAUGCUGGAAGUCCAGCAGAGAGAUGUGGGAUGAAGGAAGGAGACCAUCUGCUGGCUGUAAACAGGGAGAGCAUUGAGGGACUACAUCAUGAUGCGGUGGUGAGGAAGAUCAGGGAAAGUGGCAAUCAAGCCACCUUCAUAGUCAUCAGUUCCGAAGAAGAUAAUUAUUUCACAUCUUUGGGUUUGUCCCCUUUAAUUUGUUUGAAAGAUGAUGUUGAAGGACAAAUGGAAUCGAAACAGACAACUGAGAGCCGUCUGCCACUUGAACAAGCUCCCCCAUCUCUGUGCCACUCCACAGCUCAACAAGCAACUGGUCCCAAAGCAAGGCUUUGCCAUUUGGUGAAGGGCUCCUCCGGAUAUGGAUUUCAAAUUUACUGCAUCACAGAUGAGCCUGGAAUUUAUAUCCAAGAGGUUAUCCCUGAAGAUGUUGGAUACAAAGCGGGACUCCGGGAUGGUGAUAUGGUGAUUGAGGUAAAUGGAAUGAACAUAGAGAAGGUCUGCUAUGAAGAUGUUCUUGAGAAGAUAAAAGAAAAACAGCAUGAAGUGACUCUUCUCGUCAUGAAUAAAAAGGAUUAUUGGUACUGCAAGGAUAACGACCUCCCAAUUAGCAGAGAAUCAGAAGACCAUGAAACCAGCAAAGCUGAGAGUAUGGAGAAAAGGAUUGUCUCCAGCACUAGCAUCAGGAAAAAAACAAAUAAAACCAUCAAACAAGACAACAAUGCUCAUCUUGUUAACAAGGUUUCUCAGCUGAAGGACAGCAAUUCAUUUUGCUGAAGCUUCGCAUGUCAAGCCGACCAUUCCAAGAAACUCUUACCUGCUAAAACAGACAAAGACACUGGAGAGCUCAGUGCAUUUUAUUAAUCCCUGGAAUUAUUGAGAUGGAAGGAUACAGUUUAAAUAAACUUGCUUUUUAAAAAAUUUCUAAAACAAAGGAUCACAGAUCAUCACACUUCAAACUCAUGGUUUUAUUUUGAAAAGAGUUAUCCGGAUCAGUUUGGAAGAACAAUUUGCAGUGCGUUUCUUAAGAGUGACUGUGCACUUACAGCACAAUGAGAACGAAAUGUGCCAACUGGCAUCUGAGGGAACAGACAGGUGUUUAAUGUUCAGUAUUCUGACAAGCUGCUUUCCUGGUUGCUAGGGAGUCAGCAGUGGUAUAAUGCCCUCUGACUUUCUGCUCUCUGGUGGGUGUACCCCAUUACUCCUGAAGACUUGUCACUUUGGGAAACUGUAUUACUAUGACAUUGUAUAAUAUAUCAAUAAAAUGUUUAAAGUUUUAAAUUAUA